GAUGACGUAUUUCACAUGCACAAUAUCUCACGUUGCUUAUUUUGAUUCAUUUACUUGUGUUGCACAACCACUAGAUAUUUAGAAGUCUAGAUCUAGAAAUCUAGUCUAGUUUGUUAGACAGUUUAUCUUAGGAUUGUUUCAAAAUGGCAAUUCGUGCUCAAUUCGAAGGCAAUAAUGAAAUUGGAGUUUUCGCAAAAUUGACUAACAGCUAUUGCUUGGUUGCGAUCGGAGGUUCUGAAAAUUUUUACAGUGUGUUUGAAGGUGAAAUAGGUGACACUAUCCCUGUUGUCCACGCAAGUAUCGCAGGAUGUAGAGUCAUCGGUAGAAUGUGUGUAGGAAAUCGUCAUGGGCUCUUAGUACCAAACACAACCACAGACCAAGAGCUACAACACAUUCGGAAUGCAUUGCCUGAUACAGUAAAAAUUUACAGAGCAGAAGAGAAGUUGUCAGCCCUUGGGAAUGUCAUUGCUUGUAAUGAUUAUGUUGCAUUGGUUCACCCAGAUUUAGACAGAGAAACAGAAGAUCUUUUGGUGGAUACACUUAAUGUAGAAGUCUUUCGUCACACAGUGGCUAACAAUGUUUUAGUCGGUAGUUACACAGUAUUCAGCAAUCAGGGUGGAAUGGUCUCCCCGAAAACAUCUGUAGAAGAUCUUGAUGAGCUGUCCUCCUUGCUCCAAGUCCCUCUAGUGGCAGGUACAGUGAACAGGGGUAGCGAUGUCUUGGCUGCAGGCCUAGUAGUCAAUGACUGGAUGGCUGUGUGUGGCCACGACACUACUUCAACAGAAGUCUCAGUCCUAGAAAGUGUCUUUAAACUCAGUGACCAUGAGCCAUCACAGAUACAGACACAGAUGAGGGAUUCUUUAGUAGAUACGCUGUCCUAAACUGUUUUCUAACAAAGCUGAACUUCAUCAAGACAUCUUGCAUUGAAUUACAUUUACAAAUUGGCCCACUGUCAGUCAUGAUUUGUCACUACAUCGGUUAAAUUUUGUUUCGUGUUCAACUUGGUCAUUAAAAAAUAUGAAUUUAUGUACAUACUAAACAGACUUUUUUCAUGUUAAUCAUUAAUUAGUUAUUUUUGUUAGUGCUGAGAAUAUUUCUAGUGAAACUUAAUUUGUUAUGCUGCGUAUAAAGCUUCAUUUUGAAAUGUUGAGACUGUUCAACCUUAGUAUGGCUGCCAAGUGUUCUUAAAUCAACCUCAUGAACAAAAUUUUUUGACACAUGUAUUAGUUUUUAUUUGAUAGUGAAGCUAUGGAUAAGUUUGUUUAGGUUGAAAACUCCUUUAUCUAUACAAUACUUACUUUUGGCCAAGGUGACUAACUUUGGUGCUUGGCGACCUAAAUUGGACUUGUAAUAUAUGGUCUCAUGAGAAUGAAUAAGUAAUCUGGCUGUUGGCAAACAAAGAUAUUCCCAGCUUUAUAUUUUGUCGUAAAACUGUUAAUAAACUGAGAUUUUUUAUGUGCUUUCAAAUAUUUUAUUGCCAUAGGAUAUUAAAAAAAACAUUAUUUAAAAAUUAUAAAGAUUCAAAAGCUGCAUAACCAGAAUUAAGAAAGUGUUUAGUACUGUAUUAGUUUGUGUAGUGUGUUUGUGAAGAAGAAUGCAAAGGAUUAGAAUCUUCAACUAAACAAUUUAAGGAAGGUGAUAUAAUAUAAUAGAAUUGUAACUUUGCAUUAGCAGAUUGAGUAUUAAAUGAUGGUAUUUCUCAACAGCAA